AUGCGGCAUCUUUCUGAGUCGUUCGGCGACCUUUCGUCCCUCACCUCCCUCCAGAUCGACGGCUCCUGGCAAGUGAUUGGUUUCCCAGUCCGCAUCGGCGCGCUGCAGCGAAUGCGACGGCUGGAGCUGCGAAACUUCGACAACGGGCUGCCAGACGCGUGCAAAAGAUGGACAAAUCUGGAGGAAGUUACGCUGGAUUCGUGUCGCAACAUACCCUACCUUCCGGCCGCACGAAUCGAGUCGCUAACGGCUCUCACCAUCCGUAACUGCCGGGAUUUCAACAUCCCCCGAUUCGAACUCAUCUUCGCGUCUCAUCUGCGCCACGUCACCAUCGACUGGGCGAGCUCUGGUGUGUCGCUCGAGUCGCUAAGCCAUCUCACAUCGCUCGAGCGGCUCGAGGUGGCACACGUGCAAGAAAACGAGCUGUUCCCCUUGGGACUCUUCGCUCUGCCGUCGCUGGCUUUCGUGAAGCUGGGUUGCGUCAAGUGGAUGGACGGAGGCAACGUCGUUCCGCUUUGGGAGUCGUACCGUGCAAGCAACAUCUAUCUCACCUAUACAUCUCCCACCGUAAUCUACAACGCAACCCUACCCAUCGCCGCCGCGGCCACGAUUGCCCCAUACCCGCCCCUAGGCCAUUCCCUCCGUCAUCUCGACCUGAGCAUGGGCGAGCACCAACGCUCAGAACGAAGGGUCAUGUCUCCCGGGAUAUCCCUCGGGCGGAUGCGUAGUCUCCGCUCGCUCUCGCUCUCCGGUCGCUUCCAGUUCUUCCCUCCGUCCCUCGCGCUCCUCGCGUCGUCCCUGCAGUCGCUGACGCUGCACUUUACCCGCGAAGGCGGCUACUUCAACCGCGACGAUCAGUCUUGCCCGGUACUCCCGGCCUCCGUCGCGGACCUCACGUCGCUAACGUACCUUGACCUAACCAACAUCCAGCUUCACAAUCCGACCCCCGAACUCGCCUAA